AUGUUUAAAUCCAGCUUGUUACCUCCAGAGAAGCCUGCAGUGAGGAAAAGAAGACCAACAGACGUCCAUUUCGAAGAGAUUCUCCAGAAAUCAGAAUGGCUUGCUGAAGUUUACCGAGCGAACAGCAGGGGGCGCCAGAGCGUUGUGAAAAGCUUGGACCCUUCUCUUCUGAAAGCUUACAGAUCCGCAGUGAUCCAAAACCAGGGGGAGUUCGUGACUAUUGACGAUGUUAAACAAGUGGCUGUAGAUUUGCUGCUUGAGAAUUACUCCCUCCCCAUUCCGCACUCAUUCUUGGAUCUAUUAAAGAGUAAAGAGUUUGAUGAAGUCCUGAUGGCUCUUCUCUGUUACCUCUGCUGUUUCUUUGAACACAGAUCAUUGGAUAAUAAGUCCGACAUCAUCAUUGUUCUGGACCUGGUGGCAGAGCUGAGGAUGAAGAGGAGGAGUUCUGCCAAAACAGCCCUGGCUCUGAAGCAGCUGGCCGUGUGUUACUUCAGUCUGAUCCUGGACGCAGGGACCCACCACAAACAGCACAAGGGCCGGUCACACCUGGAUCAAACAGAGUGGCUUCUGGAGGGAGUGCUGUACAGCUUCUUCUGCUACGUGUCCUGGGUGACCUUUGGGAGGAAGGAUCUGAAACACAUCCAGGAUGAAAUCGGUCGUAUUCUAUAUUCUGACAACUUCAGCGCCGCAGUGAACUGCAGAGAGGACGUUCACUCACGGAGGAGCUCAGCUGUUUCCACCCCAGCACAGGCCACGCCCACUGAGACCACGCCCACUGACACCACAAAGCUACGGCGUUCCCGCUUCUCGGUUCGCCGCGUGGUGAAUGGUCGGUCUCCUCUGAUGAUGUCGCUGCUGCCGUUGCCGCGGGAACAGUCUCCUCUCCUGUUAAGGGGACGCAGGGACGACCCCGAACCGCUGUUUGUGACUCCUGCUGACGACGUGGACAAGCUGAGAGAGGAGCUGUCCCGCAUGAGUGUCGGGAUCCUGGGUCGGCCUCUGCAGCAGUUGGACGGCGUGACUCUGAUCCACAAAGACCACAUCCACGGGGCUUCAGUCACCGCCGGACAGUCUGACCACUGA